UCUAAUAAAAAACAUGUAAUCGUAUUUAUUUUCCUUCCGUUUAGUCAGAGGCGCUGAUGUCGGCAUUGUGAUUGGUGGAACAUGACUUUUGACAAAUCCUGCGCUAUCUGUGAAUCUGUAAUCUGUGUUCGUGUUCGUUCGUUCGUUGUCGUUCACUUAUUUUAUAUGGUCGGUUAUGUGAUGUGUUUGGUUGGUGUUUGUGUUUAGUUUGUGUCACCAUAAAAAGCUGAUAUUCAGUCGUGUUUUUUGAUAUUUUUGUUAUUUCAUAAUCGAGUACCUUUUUAAAGGUAAGUUUUUCUGAUUGUAGGUACUGUUUAUCCAACAGUUUUAAAAUACACAUUUUAUUUCGCGUUUUGUUGUUGGGUCUAAUGACCGAUCAGCUGUUGUAUGCAGCCGAUAAAUUCAACAAGUAAACAUAUAUUUAAUCGAAAUUAAAUACUCAUAUUUCUAUGUAAAAUGUCACAUUAUUGUAUAAAUAAAUAAUUAAGAAACAAAAGUUGUUUGUGUUUUACCUUUAUUGUCCACUUGAAUAAAAUAAUAUUAAAUAUUGGAAGUACCGUAUGGAGGCUAUGGUGUACCUAGCGUGGAGGCUAGAUAACGCUACCCUUCCUAUCCAAUCAACAGCAAGAACGUUUAAAAUUUCACACCUAUCAUGUCGAAGCUACAGACCACUUAUGUGGAGGCCAGAUUUGUAGUAUCCUUCCAAUUUUCCAGGUGCUGAAAUACGUGACAUAUUUUUUGAAGGGUCAUUAAAAAUGAAUGAUACAGAAUUAGCAUCAAUUCCACCUCCACCAGGUACCAUCGACAAUCCACCGUUGCCUCCAGAGCCACCUUCCAGUCCACCGCCGCCUCCGCCAGCUACAGAACAUCCUCAAACACCCAAUAUGUUUUUACCUAACCAAAAUUGGGCUAAUUACAAUAAUUAUAUGAAUUACUAUCAACAAUAUGCUCAAUUUUAUCCAUAUCUCUUUAUGUCAAGCCCCUAUCAAUCUUAUAACCAAUUUAAUAAAAAGGAUGAAUCUGUUCAGCCACCUUUGCCUCCAGGUUCUCCGAAUCCGCCAUUGCCCUCCCCUAUGUCUCAUAAUAUUAGAUCUCCUCUUUUGAAUUCGCCAAAGCAAUUUGGCCAUAUUCGGUUUCAGUUAAAUAGUAAACGGUUGCCUAAUCCUAAUAGUAAUCCCAUAAUGAAGUUACACUCUUCAACUAGUGGCGCUGCUAAGAAGAGAAGGAAAAGGAACAAGAAUAAUCAAAACAAUGCUGUCAAUAAUCAAAACUUGAAUAUGAAUAACACUCCUCCUCUGCCUCCACCGGAGUUAUCUCUUCCCAAACCUGCACCUCCUCCACCUGAACUUCCACCGGAACCACCAUUACCCCCUAUGCCGGUUGAUGUGAAUCCGCCAUUGCCUCCUCAAGAACCACAGGACUGUAUGGCACAGAAUGGAUUAUGUAAUCCUUCUGAAGAUUGGCCUGAAUCUCUCAAAGACUAUGUACUUCGCAGUUAUGCAAGAUGUAGGACUGAAUUUGAUAAAAAUCAAGUUCAAAUAAUUUUAAAAGGAAAAAUCACUCAAGCAUGCCAAAAUGGCCAACUUUAUAAAGAUUGGGGUAAAGAACCUCUACCUAAUAUUCACAGUGAUAGACAACCUUUCACUGGCCAGGUUAAAACUGUGCCGGGACAGUUGAGCCAAUUUCAGAACAAUAAAAAAGGGCUGUCACCUGGUUUGGGAGCUAGACUGGGUUCAAGAUCCAGUAUUGCAAGUACUUUGAGAGGAAAGAGUAAGUCUUCUUCUAGGUCUAGGUCUAGGUCACCCGUCCCAAGGAAGAAAUCAAGGUCGAGGAGUCCUAGGAAAAAUGGAUCUUACAGUGACACUUCUACCUCCAGCAGUGAAGAUAGCUACAAAAGCGAUUCAAAAUCUUCAAGAAGGAACAAGAACAAAAUGUCUGAUAGGUUAGGUGUCUCAAAGAAUAAAAAUCAAAAGUCAUCUAAGAAACAGAAACCAAAAGAUAAAAAAUCUAGUUUCUAUUCAACUUUCGGCAGUGAAGUUGAAGAAAAUAAAGAAGUCCUACAGCAAAGAGCUGCUAGGUUUAAUAACAACAAAUCUAAUACUAGUAAUGGAUAUGAUAAAAAUGCGAGUUUUGUUAUUGAUAAGUUUUCUGAUGAUAACAAUUUAAGUGCGAACUUUGACUGGUCGGAUGGUCACAUUGUGGGUACUUGUCAGGAUUUAGAAAAAUCAUUCCUUCGACUGACAAAAGCCGUAAAUCCUUGUGAAAUCCGGCCAAUCGAAGUCCUUAAAUUAUCGUUACAGAAUGUUAAGGAUAAAUGGAUACAGAAGCAGGAUUAUUUCUACGCCUGUGACCAACUGAAGUCCAUUCGUCAAGAUUUAACGGUCCAAGGAAUAAGGAACGAAUUCACUGUAGAAGUUUAUGAAACUCAUGCCCGGAUUGCCAUCGAAAAGGGAGAUCAUGAAGAAUUUAAUCAAUGUCAGGCUCAAUUGAUUUUGUUAUAUCAAAAUAUAGGGGGUUCUAAUCGUACUGAAUUUGUAGCUUACAGGAUUCUUUAUUAUAUAUUCGUCAAGAACACCCUAGAUAUCAUGACCGUCAUGAAAUCUCUCACAAAAGAAGAAAAGUCUGACGAAUGCAUAUCGUUUGCAUUAAAAAUUCGGUCGGCUUGGGGUUCGGGCAAUUUUCAUAAAUUCUUUUUUCUUUACUGUAGAGCUCCCUUCAUGACCGGCUACCUCUUAAACUGGUUCAUUGAAAGAGAGCGCAAAGAUUAUUUAAAAUGCAUUAUAAAAAGCUAUCGUCAGAGCGUUUCGAUCGACUUCCUGGUUCAAGAGUUGGCUUUCGAAAAUGUGGAGGAGUGUUUCGCGUUUUUAGAGCAGUUUUCUUUAGUUUUCGCCGAUUCGGAAAGGACUUUACUCGAUUGUAAGAGCAGUAUGUCGGCUCUUCCUUGUAUCUAGCCAUUCAGAUUACUCUGAUCGGUACAAAUUAUAUUUUCCCGUAUUGAGUUCUCACUUAUACUUAGUACAAGUGGUGAUUCAACAUUAUGGUUUCCAUCUGCGUGGAUGGCUUUAAUUAUUCUGGUAGAAAAAAAUCGUGGUCUGUUAGAAAUUCGUUAACAGACGGUUACUGGCCCUGGACGACGAGGAAUAGGAAAAGUGUCUACUCUGUUUAGUAAGCUUUGAAUCAAUCUUUUUGUUUAUCCAAACCAUGGUGAUAUUUGGUUGCUACAAACGAAGGUUCAUUUUUUAAUGAUUUUUUAAAAUAUUUUGUCAUGUUUUAGUGACAAUGGAGAUGUUGGUACAACUAAUGAUUGUAGUUAAUGUAUAUAUUUUUUUAUUAAAAUAAUUUAUUGAA